UUAAAUUAAAAUCCACAGAAAAAUAUUAAAGUAAAUUGCUAAAAUCUAUAAAAUCUAGCAUUAAAAAUAUCAGCAAAAAUGUUAAAAAUAAAGCAAUAUAUCAAGGAAGUAGAUUAAUUUAGUAAUUCAAUAGGCUUACAUAUGAAUAAUUCUUUUUACUACAAAACUACUUUUGGAGGAUUAAUCACUAUUUUUGCUUAUACUUUUAUACUUCUUUUUUUUUAGUCAAGUAUUUCUUCAUUCUUUGAGAAAGAAUAAGUCAAGGUUGUUACAGACAGUAAAUACAAUCCUAAUCCGCCUAUUUCUUUCCUUAACCCAAGCAGAUUUAUGUUUGCAGUAUAAAUAUAUCAAAAAAAUUUUUUAACUAAUCCUUACUUUAACAUAACUGUGAUUCAGAAAACUUAAAUAAAUGAACCAAGUAGUUCUACUAAAAAAAUUUAAUAGUAUGAAAUUUAAUUAGAGCCUUGCACUCUUUCUCAUUGGGAGCUAAUUGAUUCAUAUGCAAACUUUACUGAAUUAUUUUUGCCUUAUGGAUUGGAUUAUUUAUGCCCUACAAUGGAUUCGGUGAUUUUUAUUGAAGGAAUGUAUGGAAGUAAGGUGUUUUCUUAUUUUGAAAUACUUGUUACACCAUGUGUGACACCCAAUGAUCCAAAGAGAAAAUGGAAUCCUAUUUGUGCUCCUUAAGAAGAGGUAGAUGCAGCAACAACAGACAAAGGGAAUUAAGGAAUAAGUUUUUAUCACUCUAAUUAUGUGUUAAAUGUUGAUCAAUCUUAAAAAUUUUUUACUCCUUUUAUUAAUGAUAGACUUUUUUUUACCUUUGUGCCGCAUAAAAUGGCUAGAAAUUGUGAUAUUUAUUUGUAGGAUAUUUCAGUUGUGAAUGAUGAAUCUAUUUUUUUUAAUCAUGAUUUCAGUCUUUUCAAAUUCCCAAUUUAGUAAAACAAUGAUUAUAGAGAAAUCACUGAGUUAGGAAGAAAGGAUGAUACUUAUGUUGUUUUAACGAUAAGAUUAAAUCCGUAAGUAACUCAGAUUAACAGAUCCUACUAAAAAUUUACAGAAUUGUUAAGUAAAUUAGGAGGUUUGGCUCAUUUAGUUAUGGCUUCAUUAGCAGUUGUCAUAAAAAAAUAUAAUUUAUUUUAAUUUACCAUUGAAUUAGCAAAUAAGCUCUAUUAAUCUGAUUACAACUUUAAAAUUAAAUCCAGUAAAGGUAAAAAAAAUAAUAAAAAUAGUAAAAAAAAAUAUUUAUAACAAGAUAAAUAGAAUUGUAAUGAAAAUGAGAGCAAUCAAAACUCAUAAAUGAAUAUAUAAUCAUUUGUAAUAAAGGAUAUUAACAAUUUCAGUUAGCUAAUUCAACCAUAACCAGUUGAAAACUAGCAGAAUAAUUAAAGCUAUCAUACCUGUUUAUUUAAAAAUACACUCUAAUUAGAAUCAUUAAAUCAUGUUUAAAUAAAUAAUAUUAGUUCAAAAAAUAAGAAUGGCUCUUAAAAACUACUUAUUAACUUGAAUAAAAAUUUAGAUUAAAAUUCAGCUAAUAAAUAAAAAAUUGAUAUUCCUUCAAUCUAAUAAGAAGGAGGAAAGAAGCAUAAAAAGUGCAUUUAGUUUUUUAAAUGUAAAAAAAAGUAAGCAAAAACAAAAUCUGAUCAAUAGGAUCACAAUAGUAAUGAAUAAAUUUCAGUAUUUAAAUAUUUAAUUUACUAUUUAUUACCUAGAUUCAAAAUGUUCUAUAGAGAGGGUACGUAUGUAACUUAAGCUAUUUAAUUAGUAAACAGUGAUUUAGACGUUUUAAAUAUAAUUAAGAAAACUUAAUAAAUAGAUAAAUUAAAGAAUAUAAUUUUUGAUAAGCAUUAGAAAAGACUAUUUGAUUUUGCUUAUCGCCAAAAAUCUUAAUCUAUUGAUGAAUAAAUAUAUCCUCAAGCAGAGAUAAAUUAAUUCAAGCCUUAAAGCCAAUAAAUUUUCUAAAAUUCUAAUGAAUUCAUUACUAAAUAAGACUAAUUAAGUCAAAUUUUAUAUGAUUCCUAUUCACAAGUUAAGAAUCAACUAACAAAAAAUCAUCCAUUUUAAAAUGUAAACUAAAGGCUUAUAGAUCAUAUUGACAAAGAAGUUCUGAAAGAAUUUUAAUUUAAAGAUGCUUGCUAUACUCUUAAUUAAACGUAAUCGAGCUCAUCCUAAUAACCGUCUCAUUUCCCUACAUAAACAGUCCUUUAGUUGAAUUUAACUUCCCAAAAUGGUUUAUAAAAAAAAUCAAAUUCAGAUAAAAGAAAUUAUUCAUUUUCUCAAAUUAAUCUAAAUGCAAAUACCUCAUAAAAUUCUUAAUAAAAAUCUAAUUAAAUAAAAAAAAGUAUAAAAUCAGUGAGUGCGCUUACAAAUAAUUUAGAAUAUAAAAGCUAAGAAUUUAAGUAAGAGAAAGACUUUAAUAAAAAAUAAAUUCCUGAAGAAAAUACUGAGGCAUGUUAAAUAUUAAUAAAACUAGAAAAGUAUCAAAAAGAUCAAAAGAUUUUAAAAAUAUAAUCUAAAUGA